UGUUUAAUUAAUGCUAACAAAGUUAGGGAAAUAUAUAAUAGCAUGAAGCUUUAUUUUGUAUGUAUUGUGCGAACACACUAUACCCCAUUAGGGUCCCUGUGUAAUCAAUGCAAUCAGUACAUAUGUAUUCAUUAAAUGGAAAUACAGAAGAAGUUUAUAAUUUUAAAUGACUAUAGAUGUCUAUAUUAAAUUUAUUCAACAUUUAAGAUAUAAAAAUGUAGGCAGAGAUGUUGAUGUGUAUAAAAUGUACUUGAAACCAAGUCCUUCCUAAAACAAUAAGCCAACUCCCAAUGCAAUAGUGUUUAUAUAUAAAAUUAUGAUAUUAUUUAUGUCAUUUUGAGGCUUAAAAUUUGGGUGAAAUAUGGGAAAUAUUUGAUCAAUAAUAGUGUCAGAAGAUGUACAAUCACUGAUUUGUUCCACAAUCAUAGACAAAUGUUUUGUGAAUACACAGGAGGGAUAUUUAUUUCAUACACAUACCCUCAAAUCCCUUUGCUCUGAUAAUGUUGACUCAGUGAGCCACAAUGAUGACUUCUAUCAUGACAACCACUUGUAAGCCCUCUUAGUACAGUUUUAUUUAAUCUAUUAAAUUAAUAAAUUUGCCAUUAAACAAACACAUUUUUGGCUAGUGCAUGAAACAGUGAUUUAUUAUUCUUCUAUCACUGAAACUUAGUCAUUUGAAUUUCUUGCACAUCACUCGCACAUCACUCAGAGUGAUUGAAAUGUUGUGCUUUUCUGGGUUUUGACCCUAGUACUAUUUUAAUCUGAUUUUAUUUAUUUAUUUAUUUAUUUUUGGCUCUCAAGCCCCAGCAUUUCCAAUUUGUAGGAACUUUUAUUGCUUCCCCAUGUUGAGAUGUUUUAUGUAAGACUCACCAACAUUUACUACAGUCUUUUGCAUAUUUCAGUCUUUAGAUUUGACUUCCUGGAUAAUACUUAAACCCCCAAUUCACAAGAAAAAUCCUGUAUUCUUAGAGGUUAGAGAGAUUUUACCUUAGUUCUUAGCACAGCCAUAACUUUUCUUAUUAUGUAAUCCCAAUGUUUUGCCAUCUUAAUACUGAUGUUUUGGGGAUGAGAGAAUCUCUAUGGCCUGGAAGGAUCAUUCCCUAGCAUUAUUCAGAUGUACCUCUUAGUGGUAUAUCUAGUGUCCAACUAGAAGAAUCCACCCUUAGUAAAGCUGAAAGCUUGUUUUUUCAUGUCUACUUAUAUGUACAUUGCAUUAAAAUAUCAUGCUCACUUAUUUUUAGACACAUUCUUCAUAGAGUGGGAAUGACAUUGUCUCUGCCUUACAGAAAAUGCAGACCAUCUCUUUAUGGAAGACUGGCCACAUAAAUGUCUAUUGCAACCAUGGCCUCUUUUGAACUUCAUUCCUGUGGCUGCUUAUCUAGAGGUUCAUUUGGAAAACUGAAUUUAUCACUAUAAUGGUCGCAAUGUCAUAUCAACUUCCAUGUCUAGGUACACAAUUGCCAAUAAAAUAGUUUUACACUUAAACAUUUCCUUUAGAGGGAUGCUCCUUCUUGAUAACUUGUGCUAUCCUGAAGCAAAAAAUAAUCACAUCUAUUUAUAAUGAGCAACGAUGCAUCUCCACUGGCAACCCCACUGGAUAUGGUUCUGUCAGACACUAUCAGCCAUACUUUGCAGUUAUAAUUUCCUAACUUAUAAAAACAUAUCUCAGAUGAUCACAUGAGCUCCCUCUUUAUGCAAACUUAACAAGUAGAGAUUCAUAUUAUAGAACCACUACCCUCAUUACUCCUUGUCUAGGGAAUUCACAAUGUGGCCAGCUUGCAUAUACUUUGCUUGUAUAUUAGAUAUCAAACACACCAAAUAAAGAUAUAACCCAUUCAAAAACCUUUGACUUGACCAUGCUUUAAACUGCUUAUGUAGAAGGACCACUAUUAUAUUCACAAAAAUUGUCAUUUUACAGUGAAACAAAAUUAUAACAACAUUCACUAAUGAUCUAAUAAGUGAUAAAAACUGUUUUACUAGCUGUGGGGAAGGUAUACAUAUAGUUAAGAUAAUGUCUCUUCUCUUCUCUAGGAAAUCAUAAUAAUUCCAAAAUAUACAUAACACUCUAAUUGAAGUAGUGAUAAUAAUCACAUAAGGGCUAUAAUGGAGAUACGCAUGAAGUGCUAUCAGAGCACAGAGGACAGAAUUAAUUCUUACUUACGUGUAGGAAUCAUGGAAGGCUUUGAAGAAAAUGAUGAAUAUGGGCUGAAACUUUGGAAUUGGUUGGACUUUGAAAAGUUGAUGAGGAUGUAAAGGGAUGGGUGGCCUGGUAUAGUGGCUGGGGGUGGGAGGGCAGGCAGUAAUGGAGGGAGAAUGCAUUUGAGUAAAGGGGAGAAGCAUCCAAUGUAGUUUCCUCUUUGCUGACUGUCAUACAUUUUUAACUUUGGAGGGAAGAUGGAAGAAAAUCUAUUGAACCAAUUGUUUUGGCUGCUCUGAUGUGAUCACAACAUUGCUUAUAUGGAUUGUCAAACAAGGGAUGAGCUCAUAAAAGGAUAUUAAUGUGUCGUUUUUAUUGAGCAAAGUAGCAUUACAGAAAAGGUGAUUUCAAAGGCACAUGGCUCUUUCAUUACAGCCUUCAGGGGCAAUGUUUGAUCACUGAAAACAGGCUGCUUUGUUCCAGCUUUCUCUGAUGUUUGGCAUUAUCCUGAAUACAUAUGCUCUGACUUGGAAAGAAUCAGUCUGUAAAGAUUUAAUAGAUUUGAGAUUUGCAUAUUCAAAAUACAUGUUUUAUGGUUAAAAUGAAAUGAAAGCCAUUUUAAUAUGUAUGUCUAUAUAUACACAGAUAUAUUUCAGAAACACAUCUCAGCAAUUUUUUAAAAGCAAUUACACAUAUUAUGUGUUUGCUCUGAGAUAAUGAAAGCUGGCUAUUUUUAAACUCACCAUUUUAAUUUAUCGUGAAGAAAAAAUAUAUUUUAAGACACAUUAUAUUAGUGUUAACAAAGUACAAGAUUUCCAGUUUUAGGGACUUGAGCUUUGCUAUAUGUCCCUGUCACCUAUCAUAGACAUAACUUUCUAGUGCUGGAUGUCUCUGAACACUUUCUUUAUUAAAAAUGAGUUAACAGCUUUCUUGGUUGAAGAAAAUUGGAAGUCACAAAAUAUUAAAGAGAAAUUAUAAAAGAUUAGCAUUUACAAGAUGUUCUUUUCCUUAUGUGACUGAAAUAAGUGACCUUUUUUCUUCCAAAAGGAAAGACUUGCUUGGAAAAAGACCUGCAGAGUCAAAAGCUUUUCUUGUGGUGACCAAGACUCAUGAAAUUUGUUUUUAUAGAACUCUCUGGCUUCUGUUCCAUGUGAAAUGGCUCUAUUUAUGAAAUGUUUGGAAAUGAAUGCUGUUUUUCAACAGGAGAAGUGAUUAAAAUUACUGGUCUCAAAAUUAAGAAGAUCAUAGCUGAAAUUUGUGAGCAGAUGGAAGGUUGUGAGUCUCUACAGCCAUUUGAACUGCCUAUGAAUUUUCCAGGUCUUUUUAAGAUCAUGGCUGAUAAAACUCCGUACCUUACUAUGGAAGAAAUCACAAGGACCAUUCAUAUUGGACCAAGUAGACUAGGGCAUCCUUGCUUCUAUCAUCAGAAGGAUAUAAAACUAGAGAACUUCAUCAUAGAGCAGGGUGAGCAAAUCAUGCUCAACUCAGUUGAAGAGAUUGAUGGAGAAAUAAUGGUGAGCUGUACAGUAGUAAGGAAUCAUCAAAAUCACUCAUUUAAUUUGCCUUUGUCACAAGAAGGAAAAUUCUACGAAUGUGAAGAUGAACGUAUUUAUACUUUAAAGGAGAUUGUUGAAUGGAAGAUUCCUAAGAACAGAACAAGAACUGUAAAACUUACAGAUUUUUCAAAUAAGUGGGACUCAACGAAUCUGUUUCCUAAAGACUUUUAUGGUACCCUGAUUCUCAAGCCUGUUUAUGAAAUUCAAGGUGUGAUGAAAUUUCGAAAGGAUAUAGUCCGCAUCCUCCCCAGUCUAGAUGUCGAAGUCAAAGACAUCACUGAUUCUUAUGAUGCUAACUGGUUUCUUCAGCUGUUAUCAACAGAAGAUCUUUUUGAAAUGACCAGUAAAGAGUUCCCCAUAGUAACUGAAGUCAUAGAAGCACCUCAAGGAAAUCACCUGCCCCAAAGCAUUUUACAGCCUGGGAAAACAAUUGUGAUCCACAAAAAGUACCAGGCAUCAAGAAUCUUAGCUUCAGAAAUUAGAAGCAAUUUUCCUAAAAGACACUUCUUGAUCCCCACUAGCUAUAAAGGCAAGUUCAAGCGGCGACCGAGGGAGUUCCCAACGGCCUAUGACCUAGAGAUCGCUAAGAGUGAAAAGGAGCCUCUUCACGUGGUGGCCACCAAAGCCUUUCAUUCCCCUCAUAACAAGCUGUCAUCUGUAUCUGUUGGGGACCAGUUUCUGGUGCAUCACUCAGAGACAACUGAAGUCCUCUGUGAGGGAAUAAAAAAAGUAGUGAAUGUUCUGGCCUGUGAAAAAAUCCUCAAAAAGUCCUAUGAGGCAGCACUGCUCCCUUUGUACAUGGAAGGAGGUUUUGUAGAGGUGAUUCAUGAUAAGAAACAGUACCCGAUUUCUGAGCUCUGUAAACAGUUCCGCUUGCCCUUCAAUGUGAAGGUGUCUGUCAGGGAUCUUUCCAUUGAAGAGGAUGUGUUGGCUGCCACACCAGGACUGCAGUUGGAGGAAGACAUCACAGACUCUUACCUACUCAUAAGUGACUUUGCCAACCCCACGGAGUGCUGGGAAAUUCCUGUGGGUCGCUUGAAUAUGACUGUUCAGUUAGUUAGUAAUUUCUCUAGGGAUGCAGGACCAUUUCUAGUCAGGACUCUGGUAGAAGAGAUCACUGAAGAGCAGUAUUACAUGAUGCGGAGAUAUGAAAGCUCAGCCUCACACCCCCCACCUCGCCCUCCCAAACACCCUUCAGUAGAGGAAACAAAGUUAACCCUGCUAACCUUAGCAGAAGAAAGGAAGGUGGACCUGCCCAAGUCUCCCAAGCGUCAUCACGUAGACAUAACCAAGAAACUUCACCCAAAUCAAGCUGGCCUGGAUUCGAAAGUACCGGUUGGUAGUCAGAAUGAUUUGGUGGAUGAAGAGAAAGAGAGGAGCAACCGUGGGGCCACGGCAGUAGCAGAAACAUUCAAGAAUGAAAAACAUCAAAAAUAACAAGAUGUGACAGAAGCCACUUAGUCAACAAACAUAAAUGUUGGAGGGAAAAAAGAAGCUAGCCUUCUAGCUGAAAAACAAAUAUUCCCCAAUGGACUCCAGAAGAAACUUGACUCAUCGCUGCAAAGGAGAGAACAACCUUAAAACUUUUAACAGAUAAAACUUAGAGAAACCUAAGAUAUAAAAUUCGUAUAGUCUAUUCUGUUGUGUCUAAAUCUGUAUGUAUUGUUUUGUUGUUCUUUAGGACAUAUUUAUUUAACAUGCACAUUUUUUUCAGGUUCUUAUUUCUACUACCAACAACUAAGUAAUUGAGAAAUAAUUUUGUAUUUCAGUUUCUGAGUAAAACCAGUCUGAAAUAGGAUAAGAGCUCACCAAAUAUUUUCUUUUUUUCCCAAAAUUUGUUUUGCCAUUUUUUUAGUGCUAUCAUCAUUCCUAACAAGACUAACUUACAGAAAAAUAAUUAUAUCUGAUUGAUUUAAAAUGUCCAGGUUUCUUAUCCAAAUCCCUUGGAACUGGGAUCCCUACCUAUCAAGGGUGGAAGGGAGUUUGACUUCACAUUCACAGUGUAUUUACAAAAUAUACUUUGUAAUAAAUAUGUUUGAAUUCCAACAACCAAAGCCAUUGAGAGUCAUAGGAGUUUUCCAUAACCUCUUCUAUGACACAACAAGUUCAUGACUGAAAUUUCACCGGAUUUCUGAGAAGAUGCCUUAGUAUUUUAUGUACUGUGUACCACACAAUUCUUUAGAUGAAUGUUUCUUAGGAUUGUAGGAAAAUUAUCUAGUUAAUCAUAAUAUUUGAUGUAAAGAAAAAGGCAAUAAAAUUGUAAUGAGAUAUAAUAAAUUUGGCUGACAAUAAACCAAAGUGAUUCUUAAUUAGUGUACAUUAGAAUGAUGCUCUUAUAGUUGCAUCAUCUAUAAAAAUUACUUUAAGAGCUCUCACAUUUUGAUAAUUUAUCUUAUUAUGUAUUAAGUAUACAGGAGCAAUAUUAUUUUUCCUCUAACAAAAUGAAGAGACAAGCUAUCUGGUUAAUGUUACACAGGAAUUUAACAGUAACACUUAAACUUCAUCCAUAGAUCAUACUCUGUACAAAAUCUGUUAGCUAACAUCCUAUCUCAUAAUUAUUUUAUGUUACUUGGAGAAAUUUGUUGAUUUUGUACCAAAGUGUUUCUGAAGACAAUAAAUUGUGAGUCAGCUUUUGAACAAAAAAAAUUACAGUUAGAGUUUUUUGAAUGUUUAUAUUCUGAUUAAGCUCACUUUACCUUACUUUUUUUCUAAGUGACAAUUAAUCCUGAUUUCUAAUGUCCUAAAUAUUGCUUAGUGAUUUGAUUGUGGUAAUAUCAUUUCUUAUCUACAAUGUCUAAACUUUUAUGGGAUAGUUUUACUUUUAUUUAUUUUGCCUGUUUGUGCAGAUUAGAGCAGAAACUUUUCUAAGCCCCACAUUUGGUUAUUGAAGGCCACAGCGAAUCUUAACCUGACAACCUUGGCAAACUGCACCUUAGGUAAUUUUAGACUCAUAUAAUUUGUUAUUUUUCAAGUAAUAGUGAAUAAUUAAUAUUUUCAUUUGGAAUAUGAGAAUGAUUAAAUUUGUACUUUUGAUAGGUAUCAUUCUUUGAUUAGAAAAUUAAGAGAAUGCAUAUCUUCCUUUGGCCGUAAAUUAUCAAGGGCUUUCUAAUGGAAAUCGUAUAUAACAUUUCUAAAUAUAAGUCCUUUCACAUACUGCAUUUCCAGUUGUCUUGAUAUUGAAAAGUGUAAUAAACUUCAUGCUCACUUAUUGGAGAUUUGGGAAGGUUGAAAAUAAAUUUCCUAAUUUUUA